CGGUGGUCCAACAAGGAAGUUGGAACGCAUAGGCUAAGUCAGUGGAACUACCAAACAACAACACAUCAGUGAUUCUAAGAGUAGGGCCCUAUAAUUGUUAUCUUAUCCAGUGUCUCUGCCAACACUGUUCAUUCGGAGGACAGCCUAAUUCUGCGUUGCAAAAUGCUUUCUUUUCUGCAGUUGGAGUCGCUCGAUUUUAAAAGCGUAUUGCUCUUCUUCGUCGUAUUCCUUUUUAUUGCCGAUUACUUAAAGCACCGGAAACCUCCAAACUAUCCCCCAGGACCAUUUCAAUGGCCUUUCGCCGGGAACGUUUUUAGCAUCGACUCAAAGCAACCAGAUGUUUACAUGAGAAAGUUGGCUGAAGUAUAUGGAGACAUUUUUUCUUUGCGUCUGGGCCAUGAAGAAACAGUGGUUGCCACUGGCUACAAGAUGGUGAAAGAAGCUCUUGUGGGCCAGGCUGAGAUCUUUGUGGAUCGCCCCUACAGUCCAAUGGGUGAAAGGAUGUACCCAGACAAUGCGGGGCUUUUCUUCAGCAAUGGAAUGAAGUGGAAGACUCAUCGUCGCUUCGCUAUGACAACCCUGAGAAACUUUGGUUUGGGGAAGACGCUGAUGGAGAAUGCCAUCUGUGAGGAGAUCAGGUACCUGCAGGAGGAAAUGGAGACACAGAAAGGUGACCCAUUUAACCCAAAGAUGCUUUUCAACAACGCUGUGUCAAAUAUAAUAUGUCAGCUGGUGUACGGACGACGGUAUGAUUAUUCCGAUUACACGUUCCAGAAGGUUCUGAAGAAGUUCAAUGAAGCUCUAUACCUAGAGGGAACAAUAUGGGCACAGUUGUACGAGGCAUUCCCUGUCAUCAUGAAGCACCUGCCUGGGCCACACAACGCCAUUUUCAGCAACUAUCUGGAUGUCGCGGAUUUCAUAAGGAAGGAGGUGGAGAGACAUAAGGAGGAUUUGGACCCCAACAACCCACGAGACUACAUCGACGCCUACAUCACAGAGAUGCAGAGUGGUUCCGGGAAUGAUGACUUCACUGAGUCCAAUCUGGUAAUGAACUCACUGGAUCUGUUCCUAGCUGGCACAGAAACUACGUCCACCACCCUGCUCUGGGCUCUGGUUCUCCUCAUCAAGCACCCAGAUGUGCAGAAAAAGGUGCAGUCUGAAAUCGACACUGUGAUUGGUCAGUCACGGCCACCCAGCAUGGCGGACAAGGCCAGCAUGCCCUACACCGAAGCUGUGAUCCACGAGAUCCAGAGAAUCGGGAACAUUGUACCGAUCAACGGACUACGGUUGGCUGGAAAGGACACAACACUCGGAGGAUACUUCAUACCCAAGGGCACGUCACUUUUGACGAACCUGACGUCUGUGAUGUUUGAUAAGACGGAGUGGGAAACGCCAGAGGAAUUCAACCCUGGUCACUUCCUGGACUCUGAGGGAAAAUUCAGAAGAAGAGAUGCCUUCCUGCCCUUCUCCGCAGGCAAGAGGGUUUGUCUGGGGGAGCAGCUGGCCAGGAUGGAGCUCUUCUUGUUCUUCGUGGGCCUUCUUCAGAAGUUCAGCUUCUCCACAGAGGAGGGAGUGGAGCUGAGUCUGGAGGGGGAAGUGGGAGCCACACGCACCCCUCUCCCGUUUAAAGUAUUCACACAUACGCGCUAAGGGCACAAGACUUGGAAACUAUAACAUUUCAAAUCUGAAGUGUUCUAAACUUGCAAUUGUAACUGAUUAACCAAAAAUAUUGUCAGUAUCUGUAUUUGGUGACUCUGUCUGUGUAUGCCCGGAUAAGGAGAACUACUAUAGCUCUGGUUGCCUACCAUAUGUUAAUAUCUGUCAGCAGCAACAUGACUUUUUUUGGCCCUGAUAAGUUUGAAAUUUGAAGGGAAGUGAAAUCUUAUGUUGGACCUGUAUGCCCAUAUUGUACACCGCUCUGCCAUUGGAACGCUGUAAUAGUCAUUGAAAAAAACUUAACUACCAUAGUGUAUAGCUAAUGCUGGUGUCAAUAAAGUUGGUCCACGCAUUCUUACUGAUGAUCAUGACUCUUUAUUUCUUUGCUCGUCAUGAGCACCGUGAAAACUGGCAGACACCAAACAAAACACAUACAAUGCAUUAAUAUUUAAGCAAAAAGACAUACAAAAAUGUAUAAAGAAAAUACAAAUAAAUUCAAAGUAAUUACCGUGUACGCCUUGUACCUGCAGUAGAAUCUUUGGAGCGUUGCAAACGCAGUGCACGCUACCUCAUUUCAGAAGUGCUUUACCUGACCCUAACGCUUCUAGGUCACAUAAGUUCACAAAAGGUCACAAAAGGUCACAUGACAUACACGGCUCAUGAAAUGCAACAAAAGGAUAAAUUGAACAAAAAUAUAGGCAAAUCAUAUCCACCACAACGAAAUAAGAAUACAAAG